AUGAACAAGUUAUUAGAAUACGGAUCCACUUUUAUUUCCCAAGAAAAAACUACUUACCAUACUGUUUCUCUAGAAGAAACUACUUAUCAUGCUAUUUUUUCGAAAGAAAUUACUCACCAUGCUUCUCCGAAAGAAAUUACUCACCAUGCUUCUCCGAAAGAAAUUACUCACCAUACUUUUCUGAAAGAAAUUACCCACCAUACUUCUCCAAAAGAAGGAUACAAAACUACUUACCCUUCUAGUUUUCUAGAAGAAAAAUCCACUAAUUAUACCGCAACCUCUAUAAAAGGAGAACUUAAUAUUACUUAUCUUGCUUCUUCUUUAUUUUCUUUAACUACAAUAGAUACUAGCACUAAAAAAAUUCAAUGUCCAUUUUUGAUCAAUGUGUCCUGUCCAAAGGCUAAUAAUCCUGAGGCAUCUAUUAUUAUCAAUAAAAUAAAUAAUCAACAUAAUCAUAGAUUAUGUCAUAGUUUAAUUGAAUUUGAGGAUGGUAAAAAAUUUACCAAUGCAAUGAUAGAGGAUGUGAAAUUUAUGACAAUGUAUUGCAAAUUCGGUACAACAGCACAAAUGAAGUUUCUUGAAGGAAAAUAUUCUUCCCAUCCAAUAUAUUCAAGAGAUCUUUAUGCUGUCAUAAAAAAGUUUCAACCUACUAAAAAAUUAUUAUCAAAUGAUACUGCAAAAGUUUCAGAUUGGCUUGACUUACAAAAAGAAAAGGAUUCAUGUUGGAAAUUUCCAAAUGAAGUCUCAAAUAAAGCAGAGGCCAUCGAUCUAUUACAAGUUACCUUAGAACAGAUGAUUAAAUUCGUUGGAUACCAUAAUAUUACAGAAACAUGGUCUGUUAACGUUGAAAAUUCGUUACAAAUCAAACAAUAUGUAAUGCUAACUACAAAAACAGCGUUAUUUCACAUUCGACUUAUACCAUCACGAUGGUAUUAUAGUAAAGAAUUAGAUGGAUCAAAGGAGCCUUUUUUGGUUGCUGACAAAUUUUUGCAAGAAAACGAAAAUAUAACAUUCAAAUUCGUUGAAGAAGAAGAUAGCAAUGACUUAUCAGACCCAGAAGAAGUUUUACAAGAUGAUAAUACCAGCGAUAAAGAAAAUGAAGAUCUUGCGAUGGUUACAUUACAAAAUCCAAAGAAGCGUCAGGGCAAGGGUCGACCAUUAGGUAUCAAACGGUUUAAAUCUUCCUAUGAAGAUUUUAAACCCAUAGCAAAAAACCAACGUCGGUGCAAAAAUUGUGGAAAC